AUGGAUGGAGAGAAUCUACGGAAAAGAGGCCUCUUUGCUGACACAGCCUGCUCCAGAUGCGGAGAGCCAGAAACAUUAGACCACAUCCUAUUUCACUGCGAGUUUGCAGAGGAUGUAUGGAAGGCGGGACCUUGGAAAGAUGUUGUCUCUACGGGUAACAGCUCCACCUUCAAAACACUGACCCAAGAAGCCCGUAAAUGGACGAACCUCCCUCCCAAUGGAAUCACAGGUAACGCCUUUCCCUGCUUCGUUUGGUCGAUUUGGACUGCUAGAACCCUCUGGGUCUUCGAGAAUCGAAAGACCACACCACUAGAAACAUCAGUCAAGGCGAUCACCUCACAGAAAAAAUGGGAACAGGCACAAUCCAAUAGACCCGAGACGACGACGAAUCGUGAUCUGACCCCUUCACUGCAGCUAUCUCUCAUCAACGAAUCCACCAUCUUCUGUAAUACCGAUGCAGCUUGGAGAUCCGAUCAGCAAGCUGCAGGACUCGGCUGGAUCUUCAUAGAUCGCCAUACACAGGUGCUUCACCAAGGCUCUAUCGGGCAGAGAAAUGUCCCCUCCGCCUAUAUGGCUGAGGCGUUGGCCAUCAGAGAAGCCCUAAUCCAAGCCUCAUCUUACAACUACACAGACAUCUGUCUCCGUACAGACUCACAAGAGCUCGCCAGAGCUAUCACCAUGAUAAGACGAUCGACGGAACUCUUCGGAAUUCUCUCGGACAUCGACUCUUUGGUCUUCUCCCCUUCCUCCCCCUUCCGAUCAUGCGCUGUCGCUUUCACUCCAAGAGCCAGAAAUGGGCCGGCGAACUCCUUAGCUAAAGCCUAUCUUGUUUCUUUUUUGGGCCUGAGGCCAUAA